AUGUCUCGUGCCAACGAAACAAAGGAGAUGACGGUCAUCGAGCCCCGUGCCGGUCCUGACGAUGCACCUUCUUCGGAUCCCAAACUCGACAAGAUGGCCAAUACUAAAGACAUUGGUGCCGCUGCGUAUGCGGAAGCCCGAAACCUUGAUUCAGAUGAUCUCGAAGGAGAACGGCGAAGGGUCAAGAGGAAAAUGGACAGGAUCCUGAUGCCAAUGCUCAUGAUUUCGUUCGUUUUUCAAUUCUUGGACAAACUCUCCUUGAACUAUGCUGCUGCAUACACCCUGAUUCCAGACCUUGGGUUGGAAGGUCAGCAGUACUCGACUAUAGCAUCCGCUUUCGCCUACGGCAAUAUCAUCUGGUACAUUCCAGCUAGUAUGCUGCUUCAGCGUCUACCAGUUGCAAAGUACACGGGUAUCAUGAUUGGUGUUUGGGGAGGGCUUCUAAUGUGCUGCGCGGCAGCGAAGGACUUUGGACGCAUUUUUGCGCUGAGGUUCAUCCUGGGCAUGGCUGAAAGCAACAUGACGCCUGCUUACAUGAUGAUCUGCUCCAUGUUCUUCACGCGCCAGGAGCUUUCCUUGCGUCUGGUGCUGUUCAUUGCUAUGAACGGGCUGGCGACUGCUGGGGGGUCUCUGAUUGCUUUCGGUUUUGGACACGUGCACAGUACCAGCAUUACUUCAUGGCAGCUGAUCUUCUUGGUGAUUGGUGGUACAAACCUCAUGUGGUCGGUUCUAUUCCUCUAUGUUGUCCCUGAUUCUCCCAUGAACGCCCGCUGGCUCAACGAAAGAGAGAAGCUUGUGGCCGUCGAUCGUGUGUCGCAAAACAUGAUCGGCAUCAAAGACAAAGACUUCAAGUGGGGGCAGAUACGAGAAACCUUCUUGGACCCGAAAGUCUACAUCCUCUGCAUCUGCGGCUUUUGCAACGGCGUUGGCAGCGGCGGUCUUGGCUACUUCGGCUCGGCACUCCUCAAGGGGUACGGCUUCUCUGGCAUCAACGCAACACUCCUGCAGCUCCCCACUGGUAUCAUUGAGUUCAUCGUCCUACCUAUUUCAGGCUAUUUGGCCUCUCGGUACAUCAAUGCCAGAUGCUAUGUCGCCGUUGUCACCCUCGCCAUUCCAUUCGCAGGAUUCUUAGGCAUACGUCUGACGUCUUUGGAGCACCAGUGGAGGCUCGUUGGGUCCACCUGGAUCCUCUACGUCUUUGGCAUCGGAGCAGCCGCAUGCUACAGUCUGCUCGCAGCCAAUUUCGCCGGCCACACCAAGCGCUCUUUCGUGAACGGUCUUUGGUUCGUCGUAUGGGCGUGUGGCAACGUUGCAGGUACUAGCUUCUUCAAGGGCGACGAGGCUCCGCGGUACUUUACUGGAAUCACAGCGCUUCUGUCAUUUACCUCCGGAACCAUGAUAAUGUUCCUCGUCUUUGCUUUCUACUGCAAGUGGGAGAACAAGAGACGCGACCGCGUUUACGGUGUCAGGGAUGUUGUUGAUGGCGAAGCCGACAACGAGGGCAUUCGAGCCGGAUUUAUGGACAAGACCGACAUUGAGAACAAGCAUUUCCGUUAUGCUUACUAG